GCAUUACGGGAUGAUGAUGAUGAUGAUUCUGUGGCAAAACGGGAGAGAAAGACGAUCUAUGAGGCAGUUAUUCAAGAGGCGUUGCGUAGUAACAGCUUGACGCAAAGUGUAUGCAGUGAGAAAAGAAUGGUUCUGCUUAGAGAGAUUGAGCUUCUUCAGCUCUUUGGUGCUGCAGUUUUUAGUGAAUCUGUGGAUAAGCAAACUUCACCACUUAUCUCCAUUGUGCAGGCAGGAGAUGAAGCUGUUCUUGAGCUGUUUAUAAACACCAACUUCGAUGUCAACGAGAAAAAUAUAGAAGGGAAUACUGUUCUUCAAUGUAGCCUGAAAGGAUCGUCUGUGCCACAUAACCAGCAAACCAGAAUCAUGAACCUACUUAUUGCACACGGUGCUCGAGUUAACCAAAAGAACAAGUUGGGUUUAUCUGCAGUUCACUUUGCUGCUGCAAAUGGCAAUUUAUCUACACUUGAGAUUCUACUAGCGGCCAACCCUGACUUGGUUAACAUGAAGACGGUAAUCAAAGAGACGCCACUAUUCUUCGCUGUGAAGAAUAAUCAUCUUGACUGCGUGGAGCUUCUUCUUCGAUGUGGUGCAAUUACGGAGAUUCAUAACCUACGCAAAGAAACAGAACUUGCACAGUCACAAAGUGCAGCAGUUUCACCAAAUGCAAGUGAUGAGGAAACUCUUGGAUUUCUCGGAGAUUCUGUUCCAACAUGGCUCAAAACAUUUGUAACCUGGCUUCCUCUGUACCUCCGAGAUACAUCAGCGAACUGGAAAGGGGCUGGAUAUCCCCUGUCAUCCUUCAAAGCCGAUUUUCGUGCUGUUUUUGGAAUGGAUCUCGAUCACACCUCUCUUGAUUUCCCUAAGCACAUCGACUUUGUCAAAUACUUUCCAAGACUCUGUCAAAUGAAAGUCGUCCCCAUAGGUAAACUUGGAGCUGCAACACACUGGGUCAUGCUACCCACCAAAUCUAAGUGUUCUCAGCUCAAAGAAAGACCUCCUGAGCCACUCAUUAUCACUAAGAAUGACUCUGUUGCUUCUCCCAGCAAACCAAAAGCCUUAUCAGUUCCUCCAGAUUUUAAAUUCAUACAAGAAGCACAUGACUCUAAAACCUUCAAAGCUUCACCACAACCAAAAGCUCAACCUCCUCCUCCCUUAACAGCAUCGUACAACAACAACCAACGUCAACUAAAACACCCGGUUCUUGAGACACUUACAAAGAUCAGAAACAGCACUUCUGUCUUCUUUCUCCGUGAGUUUGACUUUUAUCAAAGCUAUGAGACAUGUUUAAAGGAAGGCAUGUGUUUCUGGUGCAACAAGAACAUGAUUCGAUGGGCAAACUUCCCUUGCAGACACAAACUUUGGUGCAGCUCUUGUAAACAACAGAUUACUCAAUCUACUUCAGGAGAGAAGAUCCUUGAGGAAGACCAUCAUAAGUGUGUGGUCUGUGAUGCAAAAGUGGAACGUUUCGUCUUGUCUCCACCGUUUGAAUCCGGUCACCAUAGGAUUUUAAGUGAUCGCCCUAACAACGCCGAAUUAGCCACUUCUUUCCUUCAGUUCCUCAGCAUAAGGAACUCCAUGAACAAGAUGAUAUAUCGCGGGAUAUAG